AUGUCAAAUAAUCCUAACUCAUUAAGAGGAUCUUUCCUCAAUAAUAAUGGACAAAAAACCACAUAGAUUCCUACUUCAACUUUUAGCGUUCCAUCUUCAUAGCCUAUAGGUUCUAACCCAAUUUCGACUUAUACUACCUAUUAGCCAAUAACUACUACAAGUUAUAUGGGUACUACUACUAACCCAUCUAUAUAUUCAUCAUAUUCAUCUACUACUACACCAGGAUUUACAACAGCAAAUCCAGUACCAUCAAGCUACUUAAGCAGUUUUGGUACUGCAACAGGUACAGCAACAGCAGGUCUUACAACUUCAAGUUUAUCACAAUAGCAAACAACAACUACAUAUACCAAUUUAGCUACUUAAUUUUAGAUUCCUCAAAGUUAGAUAACUCCUGUUUAAGGAACAAAUACAGCUACUACCAUCACCACCACAACAACUGGAUACAGCGUUCCUGCAACACAAACUUUAUCAUAUGAUUCAGCAUAUAUUUAAGAAAUUUUAAACAGAAGCAAAUAAUCAGUAUCUGACGGAUAAUAAAAAAUGUAGGAUUUGGCAAAUAGCACUACUACAAAUCAAGUUUAAUUAGUACCUGGAUCAGGUUUAACAACUUCUUAAAAUAAUGAAAACUUAUAAACAAGCUCUAUAACUUCAAGCAAUUUGUAUAGCUCUAACAUAGCAAAUCCUAUCUACACAAAUAAUUUAACAACUUCAACAAAUUAUGAUAAAUUUUCUCCUGUAAAGCAAUCAACAACCUUUACAACAGCAUCUUAGGUUGCUCCUGGUAUAAAUUACAGAGUUGAAGUGAAGGCUUAAAUGAAAUACUUAAGCCAUGUCAAAGAAGAGAUGCUUCAAAAAUAAUAAGAAUAUCAAAAGGAUAUUUCAGGAUUAUUAACUGGAAUGAAGAGAGAAAUGGAGGCAGAGUUCGAAAAAACAUUAGAUCACGUUCAUAACUCCUAGAAUGAAAGCAACCAAAAAUCUUUAGUUCUUCAAAAAGAAGUUGAAACUUUAACUGAGAAGUUAUUCAUGUCUACCCAAAUAAAUGAUGUUCAACAAGUUAAAAUAAAAAAUUUAGAAUAGGCAUUAGACAAAGUUAAUGAAGAAAAUAUUAAGCUUUAAUCUUCCAAUUUAGAUUUAGAUUAAGUAAAAACAGAAUUAUCGGUAAUAAAAACUGAAAAUGAAGCUCUUCGUUAGUCAUAAACUUCUGGAUCAGAAUCUUUAACUCAAGAAAUAAAAUUACUUGAGCAAUAAUACUUAUAAGAAAAAGAUAAGAACCAUCACUUGGUUGCUGCUCAUUCUGAAGAGAUUUUGAAAUUAAAUCAUCACAUUAGUGAACUAGAGGAUUAAAUAGUUCAUAUUUAAAAGGAAUUAAAUGAAAAAUCUAUUCAAGUUCAACAACUUCAAAAAGAAAAGGAAAUUAUUCUUGUUGAAAAAAAUACUAUAUCUUAAUCUUUAGUUGAGAAGGAAACAAUCAUUGAAAAAGAAAAGAAAGAAAUUGUCCACAUUUCAUCAGUAAAUGAAUCAGAAGUUCAUAGUUUAAGAGAAUAAAUCUCUAAGUUAUAAUCAGAAAUUAGAUUGAAUUCUGAAGGUUAGCAAAAUGAUUUCACUGCUUUAAUUGAAGCUUUAAAGAGAGAUAUUGAAGAAAAGGAUCAAUAAUUAAAAUAAUUAAGAGAGUUUGUUAUGGAAGUUUAACAUGCUGGCUAAAUUAAGGUGUUAGAAAGGGAAUAAUAACUACUUGAAAAAGAUAAAAUUAUUGAGUCUCAAAAAGAAGAGUUGAUGCUCCUUUCAUCAAAACUUGAAUAGGUUAUUAGAGAAAAGACUUUUACUGUUUCAGGGGAAAUCGGACAUGUUACAGAAAGCGUAAGAAUAGAUGUAAAGUCCCAAAAUAAAGAGAGACAGGAAACAGAAGUCAAACAAUAAGUCUAGGAAAUUCCAAUUGAAGGAGAGGAAGAAGAAGAAGCAGGAGUAGAAGAAGUUGAAUUUGAUAUGGAAGUAAAGUAGGCAAAGGAAACCAGAUAAGAAGGAGAUAAACAAGGUUUCUUUGAUUAAGCUUCUUCUCUAUCAAAGGAAUUAAUGGAAAAUAAAUAAGUUUAAGAUAACUUGCUUAAAGAAAAAGACGGUUUAAGUAAAAAAGUAACUGAACUUAAUGUUAAAUAUCUUGAUGCAGAAAAAUAAAAUAACGAAAAGAUUGCUUAAUACUAAAAACAAGAAGCUGAACUAAAGCAAUAAAUAUAAAAAUUGCAACAAAACGUUGAUGAAUUGACAAAAUAGAUCCAAUCACAAAAGGAACAAUUACAAUAAGAUGCAGAUGCUAAAUUAGUUAAUGAAACAAACAAAAUUAAAUAAGGACACUAAGCUAAGGUAAUCUAUCUCAAUGCUGAAAUAGCAGCAUUAAAGGAAAAGCUAAAUGAAGAAAAAACUUAAAGCGAAUAACGUGUUAGCUAAGUUUUAUAAUCUCAAAAUAGCAGCAGUUCUGAAUUAAUAACCAAGCAUGAAUUAAGAGUUACCGAAUUGCAAAACAACUUCAAUUUACAAAGAAAUGAUUUAGAAACUAAAAUCGUUGAUCUUUAACAUUAAUUAGCUGCUUUAGAAUAAAAAUUACGUGAUGAAAAAAGCAAUCAUGAAGCAUUAAUCAAUUAGAAUAUUGCUUCUAAUAAAAGUUCUUUAGAUGAGUAGGCUCGUGGUUAUGAACUCAAGUUAGCUGAAUAGUAAAAAUCUUACGAAUUAAAAAUUACUGAAAUAAAUAGCAAACAUUAAUAAGCUUCUUAAGAAGUCGAGAUUAACUACAAGAAAUAGAUCACAGAAUUGUAGGCUUAGUCUUAAUUAAACUUAAAAUUAUUCGAAGAGCGUGAAACAACAACCAAGCAACUUGAACAAAAUCACUCACAAGCUAUUUAGAAUAUUAAAGAUACUCAUUUAUCGGAAAUAAAUAAUCUUAAAAAUUAAUUCUCAGCUGAUUAAGCUAAACUUUAACAAGAAAAUAAAGCAGUUAUUACCUAAUUAAAAGCUUAAAUAUAAAACUUAGAAAUCUAAAUCAAUGAAUUAAACCAAAACCAUAGCAUUUAAAUUUAAAAUUUAAACAAAGAUCACCAAGCAAAACUUACAUAGGUUGAAGUUUAAUACAAGUAGACAAUAUCAACCAUAGAAGAAAGCCAUAAGACUUACAUUUCUAGCAUCUAAGAAAACCACAAAAAGGAAAUAUCUUUGGCUGAAGAAGCAUCAAAGAAAUAGCUAAACGCAAGCGAAUAAUAAAAAUUAGAAACAAUUGAAAACUAAUAUAAACAAAGAAUAAACAAUUUAGAAAGUGAACAUAAGCUUCAAAUUGAAUAGUUAGAAAAGUAGCACACCUAAAAAGUUAGCAAUUUAGAAAAAGACUUCUAGUCAAAGAUUGAUGAAACUAUAAAAUCUUACAAUAUUAAAAUUUAAGAAAUAGAAAAGAAUUAUUCCUAAAAAAUAGCAAUAGUAAUUAGUGAAAAAGAAGAGUUAUCUGCUUAAAAUAGCGCUGCCUCCAAGGGAUAAUAAGAUAAGGAAGCUUAACUCUAAAAAGAAAUAAGUGAAUUAAAGUUAAAAAUAGAAACCUUAGUCAAUAAUCACCAAAAAGAAAUUAUCAAACAAGAAGAGAAAUAUAAUUUGUUGAGAUAGACUGUUCAAUAAAUAUCCUAAAACUCACAAAAUGUAUCUGUAACAAGUAAUAUUCAAAGCAGUUCAAGUAGCUCUACUGUUAACAAUGGCGAUUACCUUGUUCUCUAACAUGAUUACAAUCAACUCAUUGAAGUUAAUAAAGAAAACCUUAAAAAAAUUUAAGAAGAGAGAAGAUUGUAUGGUAUUCUUUAGGAUGACUACAUCAAGCUAGAAUAAUAAUUCACUACUCUAAAGAACGAAAAGAAGAAUUCUGAUAAAAAAUCCAAGACAGCUGAAUCAAAUACCGCUGCUACAACUACUUCAGGAGCCUCUUAACUGAAAAAUAAGGCCUACUUUGAAGUUGAUUAAAGAGUUUCAAAGGAAUUAGAGCUUACUGUAUUGAAAUUAAAAGAAGAAAAUGCUAUUAUUCGUGAUUAACUUAAGAAGGAAUAUGAAGAUAAAAUUUAUUCAUUAGAAAAGUAGGCAAUCGAAUACGAAAAGAAAAUGAUUGAAUUAGAAUAAGUCAAAGUUGAAUUGAAAGCAAUGAAAGAUGAGAAGGAAGAAGCUGAUUGGGAAAAAGCAAGAAAGAAUAAUGGUAACAAAGGUGCUUCUAAAGAAGAAUAAGCCAAGAAAACUGGAUUAGAAAAAGAAAAAGAAGAGUUACAAAAAGUUCUUGAAAAGAAGAAUGAAGAAAUUAGAAAAUUAAAGAACGACUACAAAAAAUUGGAAAAACAACUUAAGAACCUUCAAGCUAAAUCACCUCAAGUUACACCUGCUCCUGCUACAGUUGAGUCUUAACCAACUUUAAACACAGAAGAGGCUGAAACCAAAAAGGGCAAAAAGAAAGGAUACAAGAUUGAUGAUGACUUACAAAAGAUUUUCAAGCUCUCUGAUAUAAUUUAUCAAAUUAACCAGAUUUGA